UCCAAUGUGGUCAUAAUCAUUCAUCCCCAUGCUCAUACAGUUCCCCAUCUCUAGGCCUCUCUCUCUGUCUCUGUCUCUGUCCCUCUCUCUCUCUCUCUCUCACUAUCUCUCUUCACAGCAAAAAUGAAAGGAGAGACACAGUCGCACAACCACAGAACCACCCCGAAGAUAGUCCUCUUCGUCACCAUCCUCUUUGCCCUCCUCAUCAUCAUCUCCCUCUACAACCCUUUCCUCUCUCAGCCCCUCCCCCUCCUCUCAAGUAGCUCCUCCUCCUCACCCUCCUCCUCCUCCUCCUCCUCCUCUUUUUCUUCCUCCGUGGACGACGCGGUUGUCGUCCAAGAAGAAGAUGACCCUGCCGUCAGCUCGAGAACGCCAGAGAUCUGCGACAUAUUCACGGGGGAGUGGGUGCCGAACCCGAGGGCGCCCUACUACACGAACAAGACUUGCUGGGCGAUCCACGAGCACCAGAACUGCAUGAAGUACGGGCGGCCCGACACCGAGUUCAUGAAGUGGCGGUGGAAGCCGGACAGCUGCGAGCUCCCCAUCUUCAACCCAGCGCAGUUCCUGGAGCUGGUGAAGGGCAAGUCCAUGGCUUUCGUGGGCGACUCUGUGGCUAGGAACCAAAUGCAGUCCAUGAUCUGCCUCCUUUCUAGGGUGGAAUACCCGAUCGAUAUCUCGCACACGACGGACGAGAACUACAAGCGCUGGAGGUACGUGACCUACAACUUCACGCUCGCUAACUUUUGGACGCCCCACCUGGUCAAGUCCGCGGAGACCGACCCGAACGGGCCGACCAAGACGGGCCUCUUCAGCCUGCACCUCGACGAGGCCGACGACAAGUGGAUUUCCGAGGCCGAGGAGUUCGAUUACCUGAUCGUCUCCGCCGGACACUGGUUCUACCGCCCUCUAGUCUUCUACGAGAACAACAAGAUUGUGGGGUGCCAUUUUUGCUUAUUAGAGAACGUCCCGGACUUGACCAAAUUCUACGGCUACCGGAAGGCAUUCAGGACGGCAUUCAAGGCCAUCAAUGCGCUCAAGAACUACAAGGGCAUCACCUAUCUGAGGACCUUCGCGCCUUCUCACUUUGAAGGUGGGAUCUGGAACCAGGGCGGCAACUGCCUGCAGACGAGGCCGUCCCGGAGCAACGAGACCACGCUCGCCGAUGAGAACCUGGAGCUGUACAUGAUCCAGGUGGAGGAGUUUCGGAAGGCCGAGGAGGAUGCGAGGGAGAGGGGGCUCAAGUACCGGCUGCUCGACACGACCCAGGCAACGCUGCUGCGGCCCGACGGCCACCCGAGCAGGUACGGGCACUGGCCGCACGAGAAUGUGACCCUGUACAACGACUGCGUGCACUGGUGCCUGCCGGGGCCGAUCGACACGUGGGGCGACUUCCUGCUCGAGAUGCUGAAGACCGAGGGCCGGAGGUCGAGGGAAGAGAAGCUCCGGUACAGCGACCGGAAGUUGAAGGCCUAGGGCACGGGAACAGUCUUAGUACAUAAGGUUAAUGUGUCGAUUGGUAAUGUCUUGUCUCGUUGGGCAGGGGAAAUUGGAAAAAAAUUGGUUGUCCUAUGUUUUGGUUCCGUGGCUCCAUUAGGGCGAGUUUUAUUCAAGAGAUAAAUAAAUUAUUUUCAUGUAUUGGACCGUAUAAUUAUGUGUCCUUGACACUCAAUGAAGCAAGUCAAAGUCAUAUUUAUUACCUUUUUCUCCUUUAAUUGAUUGUCAAUCCAAACUUCGAAGCCACCAAAUGGGAUCGAAAGUUAGACAAGGGAGAGAUGUAAGAAUAUUUCUGAA